GACGUGCUUGAAAAAACGUGUUUUCUGAUAUAGCCAGAGAUGUUCGUGAUUAGAUGUAUUUUAAAUUCACAUUAUGUGUUUUAAUUAGUCGUUAAACAACUGACCUAUGUGUUUUAUAGCCCUGAUUUAGCGUUUUAUUUUCAUUGUUUACGUUUUCACCUGUUUAAAUGAACUGACGUACACCUCAGGAACUUCUCCAGUUUGUCAUCAUGCCGGUCCAGUGCAGUAACUGUGAUCAGAAGCGUGCCGUGCUGAAACGACCCAAGACUGGACACUCUCUCUGUAAAGACUGCUUCUUCUGGGCUUUUGAGGAGGAGAUCCAUCAAACCAUCAUGUCCGCCGGACUCUUUAAUCGUGGAGAGACCGUGGCCAUCGGGGCGUCAGGUGGAAAAGACUCUACAGUUCUGGCCCAUGUGAUGAAGUUGCUAAACGAACGCUAUGAUUACGGCCUGAAGCUUCUGCUGCUGUCAGUGGAUGAAGGCAUCACAGGUUAUAGAGAUGAUUCUCUGGAGACGGUGAAGAGGAACCAGCAGCAGUAUGAGCUGCCACUGAAGAUCGUGUCUUAUGAAGAGCUCUACGGAUGGACUAUGGAUGCCAUUGUGAAGCAGGUGGGCUUGAAGAAUAACUGCACGUUCUGCGGUGUGUUUCGCAGACAGGCACUGGACAGAGGAGCCAUGAUGCUGAACGUCGAUAAGAUAUGCACAGGUCACAAUGCAGAUGAUGUAGCCGAGACGGUGCUGAUGAACGUUCUGCGUGGAGACAUCGCUCGUCUUCGCCGCUGCACCGCCAUUAGCACCUCCAGUGAAGGAGACGGCGCCAUCCCACGCUGCAAACCUCUCAAAUACGCCUACGAGAAAGAAAUCGUCCUCUACGCCUACUUCAAGAGGCUGGAUUACUUCUCCACCGAGUGCAUCUACUCACCCAACGCCUACCGGGGUCACGCUCGUGCUUUCCUCAAAGACCUGGAGUCCAUCAGGCCCAGCGCCAUCAUAGACGUCAUCCACUCCGGGGAGACGCUCUCCGUGAAGGAGGGUGUGAAGAUGCCGGUGCAGGGAACAUGCUCACGCUGCGGAUACAUCUCCAGUCAGGCACUGUGUAAGUCCUGCGUUCUGCUGGAGGGCCUGAAUCGAGGUUUGCCCAAACUGGGAAUAGGGAAGCAUCACCGGCUGCACGGUAAAAUUCUGGCUCAGGAGCCUCUGACCGAGCAGGAGGAGAAAAAGCUGAAGGCUGUGGACUUUUGAUAUAAAACCACUUUUGAGUUGUGUGUGCAUGGGAUGAAUGUGUAUUAUAUACAAAGUCUGUUCGUUGAUAUAUUGAAUUUCAGCUGCAAGGAAUGGAGACCUCACGUUAAUCAAUCUGCCUAAAAGGAAACAAUUGGUCAGUUAAAAACCAGAUACACUUGUUUUGAAGCAAACAUGAACUUUAUUAGCUUGCACCACUUUCAGAAUAGGAGGAAUGGUUUUAAUUUAUUUAAACAGCAUCA